AUGACGAGCCUCCGUGCCGCCCCUCAUCCCACCAUGGCCGCGGCGCUUCCCUCGCAGCAGCUCGCAUCGUCGCUCACAUCACAUGCACACCUCGCAUCCGUCGCAGCAACCUCACGUGCGACUCUAAGAGCAGUCGCCCAACCGCCUCUGCGAUCGUCGCUGUUCGCCACCAGCACGUCCACCGCGUUCGCGGAGUCGUCGGGCCUCCUGGGCUGCACAGUGGGGAGCAUCGCGCGGCGCGCGGCACGGCGUGCAGGGCCGUCGGGGCGGGUGGUGGUGCGCGCGGCGGUGUUCGACCAGCUGAGCUCGAGCCUGGAGCAGGCGUGGACCAAGCUGCGCGCGCAAGCCGCUGGUCCAGCCGCCCCCCCUUCCCCCCUCCUCCUCCUCCCUUCUCCCGCCACGAUCGCAGACAAGCUGACGCGCGACAACAUCAAGGAGCCGAUGCGAGACAUUCGGCGCGCGCUGCUCGAGGCCGAUUCUCCCUUUCGCAAUUCCCCCGUGAACCGCACGCCGUUCCUGGUGCUGCAGGUGAGUCUGCCGGUGGUGCGGCGGUUUGUGCGCGAGGUGACGGAGAGGGCGGUGGGCGUGGACGUGAUCCGCGGCGUGCGGCCGGACCAGCAGCUCGUCAAGGUGGUGAACGACCAGCUCGUCGCGCUCAUGGGCGGCAACGUGGCGGAGAUCGCGUACGCGCCCGAGGGCAAGGGCCCCACCGUGGUGCUCAUGGCGGGGCUGCAGGGCGUCGGCAAGACCACCGCGUGCGGCAAGCUCGCUCUCUUCCUCAAGAAGAAGGUGCGCGAAGGGGGAAGGGGAGGAUGGGGGAGGCCGCGCGCAGGGGCAUGGAGAAGCGACGCAAAGGGAGUGAGACGGGGCUUUGUGCACCCGUGCGUGCAUGCGCUCAUGCGCGCUUGUGCCUCGCUGCAUGGACUUACUCCACCAUGUCCCGCCCCACUACCCCUCUCCCCCCCUUCCCCGCCGCGCCCCCUGGCGGUGGGGAGCGCGCAGGGCAAGGCGAGCAUGCUGGUGGCCACGGACGUGUACCGCCCCGCCGCCAUCGAGCAGCUGCAGACGCUGGGCGCGCAGGUGAGCAGCUGCAGACGCUGGGCGCGCAGGGCAAUCGCUGGCCCCUUGACCAAAUUGCCCUUCUCCCCGCUGCACCUCGCGCUGCCCUUCUCCCCGCUGCACCUCGUGCUGCCCUUCUCCCCGCUGCACCUCGUGCUGCCCUUCUCCCCGCUGCACCUCGUGCUGCCCUUCUCCCCGCUGCACCUCGUGCUGCCCUUCUCCCCGCUGCACCUCGUGCUGCCCUUCUCCCUCGCAACUCAACGCUCCCACAUGCCACCUGCGUGCAUGCGUGUGGGGGGGGCGCGGUGGCAGGUGGGCGUGCCGGUGUACGCGGAGGGCACGGACGCGCGGCCAGUGGACAUCGCACGGCAGGGCAUGGCGGCCGCCAAGAAGGCGGGCGUGGAUGUCGUCAUUGUCGACACAGCUGGUCGCCUGCAGGUGAGCGUUCCUCCCUGCAUCGUGCCUCCCUGCAUCGUGCCUCACUGCAUCGUGCCUCCCUGCAUCGUGCCUCCCUGCAUCGUGCCUCACUGCAUACCGCACUACCGCAGCAUGAUGGAGGAGCUGAGGGGCAUCAAGGCAGCGGUGAACCCCACGGAGGUGCUGCUCGUUGUCGAUGCCAUGACGGGCCAGGAGGCUGCCAGUCUGGUGGCGGCGUUCAACGCGGAGGUGAGCAUCACAGGCGCCAUCCUCACCAAGGUGGACGGCGACUCACGUGGCGGCGCUGCUCUCAGCGUCAAGGAGGUGUCGGGGCGGCCGAUCAAGUUUGUGGGGGAGGGCGAGACGAUGAGCGCACUGGAGCCGUUCUACCCGGACCGCAUGGCCAGCCGCAUCCUCGGCAUGGGCGACGUGCUCUCGCUCGUUGAGAAGGCGCAGGAGCUGGUCAGUGCGCCCUGCUCACACAUGCUUCUGCGGGGCAGUGGGCAGUGA